CCUCGCAAAUCAUCCACGGCUAAAUAUCCAAUAUUAAUCUCCUUAAUUACAGAAGAAAAUGUCCCUUGUUCGCGGCGACGGUGGUUACGGUGUCCGGCGACACGAACCAUCGCGUGGACAAGUCUGGGACGGCCCUUACGAUGACCCGGAGCUGCGAACGGCGCUGACGUCGAGCCACAUAGAGUGGAAGGACAACCCGGAGGCCCACGUGUACAAGGUGCACCUGCCGGGGCUGAGGCCGGGCGAGGUGAAGGUGGAGGUGGAGGAGGAGGAGAGGGUGGUGGUGAUCACCGGAGAGAAGAAGGUGGCGAGGGAGGAGAGGAAGGGGAUGUGGUAUCAGAUGGAGCGGAGCACCGGGAGGUUGGUGCAGCGUCUGAGUCUGCCGGAGAACGCCAAGGUGAGCCAGGUCAAGGCCUACAUGGACAACGGCGUGCUGACGGUGACGGUGCCCAAGUGCGAGGUUGCCAAUUACUACAACCAGGCUCGCAGGCCCAGACUCGUUCACAUUUUUUGAAACUGAAUCAAAACCCUCCCAUCUAUGAAUUCCUAGUAAUUAAUUAUAACAUAAUCAAAAAGCAAGCUUGCUUGCUGGCUAGCUCUCUCUUGUUAUAAAUAAUUCUGCAUAAAUAAUUAGGAAGAUAACUAGCCAGAUUAAUUUCUGAGUCUUCCUUGGAGCUUAUGCUAUGUAUAUACACAUAGACAUAUACUCGCGUGUAUAAAAAAUUACAUAAUCUGUGUGAUGUUUUAUAUAAAUAUUUAGAGUUUGAGAGAUGUGGAAUUUUGCUUUUUCUUCCAAUACAUGUGUGAUGAUAUGGUCAUGGAUUGUAUUUAUAUAAGUGAAGGCCGGGUUCCAUCUUGGUCCAUUCAUAUCAAA